UUUUCCUAUUACUGUGUUAUCUCCAUAUGGCAAUAUUUACAACCUUCAUUCCAGUUUGUCCAAACGAGUGUUUAUGUUUAUCACAAACACAGGUUCUGUGUAAUUCUGGUGGGCUUGUCGAGAUCCCUCUAAAGGACUUUCCUGCCACAGUGGAACAUUUAUCAUUGACAAGAAAUAACUUUCCAGUGAUACGAAGUGACUCUUUCUCGGGUCUGCGCCAUUUAAGGAAACUGUCUUUGGACGGAAACAACAUAUCUCUUAUAAAACCCUUCGCAUUUAGGGGUUUACCCAGGCUUCGAGACCUCUCAAUCCAACACACACCACUGAAAACCGUCUCGCCCUUCGCAUUCGCCGGCCUCCAAAACAUCACCAGCAUUUACCUCAGCUACAACAAAAUCAAAACGGUAGAAGGCUACGCUUUUGCCGGCACCACCAACCUCAAAUUACUAGUCCUAACCCAUAACCCUCUAACUGUUUUAGAAUCGAACGCCUUCACCGGCAUUACCGAAGUCGACCGGAUCGUCCUACCUUCAGGCAUCAAAGUCCUCGAACCGGACUGCUUCAACGGCCUGGAUACGCUAGGACACAUGCAACUAGCCUUUAUGGACCUCCGCAGCUUGAAACGAGGCAUUUUCCGUGGCCUUACCAACGUCAAAUACCUGUCAAUUCAAGAAUCCGACUUGGGAAACAUCGACGGCGAUGCCUUCGACGAUAUGACCUACAUCAAAUCGCUUAACUUUUUGAACAACAAAAUCGACUCGAUCCAGUGGUUGAACUGGACCUGGGAACAGCACAUUGGGCACGUUAGAUUCCAGGGAAACCACAUCCUGGAAAUUCCUAGUCCAGAUUCACUUUUAGUUGAAGUGGAAAGACUGACUGUGAUAUCUAAUCAUUUCCCUUGCGACUGUCAUAUUCACUCUUUGCUAGGCGGUCCUCUGGCGAACGGUAGUAUAUUAAAUUUCAUUUCGAAAAAUUACUGUAUAUCGCCUUUGGAGGUGAACGGUAUGUAUAUGAACAAUAUUGAUAUAGAAUCGAUAGGACGUUGUGAAGAAGUAACGAAAGAAAACCUAGAAGCCGCUCCCGAUUCUAGGAACGUAGCGGGACGUUUAGACAAUUUGUGCAAUUACUUAAAUCUGCUGUUAUAUAUUCUAAAGUUGCUAAAGAUAACGUAGGCUUCGCCCUCUUGUUGUUGUGUACAUAAGAACCAAAGUAUAGCGUUUACGAAAUUGUGAUAUUUUUUAUUAUUAAUUAUAUAUAGAUUAUAAUC